AUGGCGGUGGGGAGCUUCACCCCCGUCUCCUCCUGCUCCCCCGGCAGCAGCAGCAGCAGCACCGGCAACUCCGCCGGUGACGUGGAGGCGCUCUUGGCGGAGGCAGCUGACCUGGUGGCCCUGGAGCAGAUCGCCAGGCUCAACACCGCCCACCUCUCCAGCGAGGCCCUCCUCCCCGCCGACGUUGAGUCCCGCUUCAGCCGCCUCAAGACCUUCCCCGCGGCCGAUCCUCCCCGGAGGUGCUCCUCCUCCGCUGCCCGAGAGCCACCGCCACCCCUCGAGGAAGACCCGCCUGCCGGGGACAAGCCCGACGGCGGAAGGCUCCCGGAGAAGAAGGCAUCAGGCGGCGCCGCCGCCUCGCCGGAACCCUUUUUUCCUUCUCCCUCCCCGUCCAACGCCGGCUCACCGUCGCCGCCACGCCAGCGGCGAGCCUGCUGCUUCGGGUUCUCACCGAGGAAGGGCGGCGCCGCCACAAUGAGGAGGAAGCAGGACGAGGACGAGCGCCACCUGUCGGAGGCCUUCCGCCGUCGGGGGAAGGAGCUAUGGAAGGCGAUGAGGGUGGAGGAGGAGAAGGUGGUGAGGGAGGCGAAGGAGAUGACCCGGUGGAUGAAGCAGGCCUCGGCGGGGAUGACCCUAUCCACCGCCGCCGUCGAGGAGUUGCUGAGCGAUCUGGAGGACGAGGGCAACGCCAAGAAGAAACCCUCCUGUAAGUAG